AAAAUUGAUAGAUACUAGAUGGAGUGAUUCCACUUCCACUCGGUGAACAGCUAGCUGCCUAUAAGAGCUCUCCUUCGCCGCUGCGUCGGCGUGAACUCAAUUCCCCAAUUAAAAACCCUAGACCCCAUAUACUCUCUGCUGCUCUGUUAAAGUCCGACUGAUACAAGCAUCCGUGAGAGGAUCGGGAGAGAGCUCGGGUUGCUCUUGUUGAUCAGGAGGCGGAGCCGGCUUCUGGUGGUGGCGGGGAGGUCGCGGGUGCGGGGUUCUCGGCCUCACCGGUGGCGAACUGCAGCAGCGAAAGCCCCUGUAAUGGAUCCUUCAAAAGCAUCGAAGAGGCCUGUUGGAAUUCUAUUUGUGAAGGUUGUAAGAGCUCAAAAUCUGGAAAAGAAGGGCCUGUUGGGUAGUAAAUCAGAUCCGUACGUGAAACUUAAGAUGUCGGAUGACAGGCUUCCAUCCAAGAAAACAAGAGUAAAGCGCAGCAAUCUCAAUCCGGAGUGGAAUGAAGAAUUCAAAUUUGUUGUGAUAGAUCUAGAGAACCAGUCGCUGGAUGUUAAUGUCUUCCACCGGGCACAGGUUGGUAAACAUGUGAAGAUGGGCAUGAACAAGGUUCUGUUGAAAGAACUUGCCCCGGAGGAGACUCAAGUUUCGACUCUUAACUUACUGAAGACCAUGGACCCAAAUGAUGUACAAAAUGAGAAACCUCGUGGUCAGAUUACUUUGGAGGUGACAUAUAAGCCUUUCAAGCAAGAAGAAGAUAUGGAGGAAGAAAGCAUGGAUGGUACUGAAGAAGCACAGAAAGCUCUAGACAAUGGUCCACCUGGUGGUGGGCUGCUUUUGGUCGUUGUUCACGAAGCUCAAGAUCUUGAAGGGAAGCAUCACACAAACCCAUACGCAAAGAUAAUCUUUAAAGGAGAAGAGAAGAAAACAAAGGUGAUCAAGAAGAACAGGGAUCCACGUUGGGAGGAUGAAUUUGAGUUUGCUUGCGAGGAACCACCUACAAAUGAUAAGUUGCAUGUUGAAGUCCUAAGUAAACCUGGAAAAAUAGGAGGAAUAUUACAUGGCAAGGAAACCUUAGGCUUCAUUUAUAUAGCCCUGGCAGGCGUGAUCAGCAACAGGCGGACCAACGAAAAGUACCGUCUCAUCGGCUCGAAAAAUGGGCAGAUUCAAAUCGAGUUGCAGUGGAGAACUUCAUAGAAGCUGUGAGCAAGGUGCCACAGGCAUUUCUAUGCCUAGACUAGUCACCAGGUACCAGACCAAUGUUGGCUCUGUAAAAUCAAACUCUCUUCCAGCCCUACUACCAUCACACUACAAGCCUACAAACUGUAUACAUUUUAUACAGUGACCAGAGGCAAUGCGACUCUCAUCAGGUCAGCAGCCUCUUCAUGUCGAGCGCCCGGUCCGAGCUCCGCUUGAAGUUGUACACCGACUCGAACGCCUCCAUGCAGACGCUGGCGAAGCCCGUCAUCGCCUGGAAGACGUUGGGGAAGCCCGUCUGGAGGUUGUUCAGGGUCAUCGCCCUCGUCACCCCGACGCACUUCUCGUGCUUGCUCUUCUCGUCGUCGGCCCUGCUCCUCAGGGCCUCCACCUUCGCCCGCUUUUCUGCAACCGGUGUCUUCCGCGUCAUCUCUCCAUAGCCUUCAGCAGAGUACGGCCCGUAUUUGGACUCCAGAGAUCGCAGUUCCUCUGUCUUCUUCUCAAAGUCUUUGAAUGCAGCAUCUGACCUCUUCUUCUGCUUCUGCUCCUCCGCCUGCUGGACUACCACGGCGUGGAUCACCGACAGGAGGGUUUUGAUCCCUUCCGAGGCCACCUUGUCGGGGAUCCGGUCGAUGGCCAGCUGCCACUCCUCACACAAGCUGUAGAUGUCAGAGUUCUGGAUGUCUUUCAUGAGUGGGUUGUGAUGGCAUUGGAACAGGGAGAGGCGAAGCCAGCCGGUCAGCGAGUAGACAUAAUCUCUCUGGGACUUAACCAGGCUGCAGAACGCCGAGUACCACCUGUCCACCUCGAUCUCGAGCUGGAGAGCUGCUUGCCGGUGGUCAUUGGAGGUUGGGUUGGUGCUCAUGGUCAGGUAUUCAAGCUGCUGCACCAUGUGGGUCUGUACCUGGUGGCACUCAUACAUGCCCCUCCACAUGCUCGUCAAGCUGAAAUGGAAUGCAUUCAUAAGAGGAAACAUGCAUGAGAACAGAGCAACCAUACAUGUUUACCCAAGAAAGGGAAAUGUACUGGCAGGAAAUAAAUGUUGCAUCUAACUAUCUGACUUGUACUUUAAGAGUAUUGAUAUUCACAUGGGGUAGCUUGGUAUUCUAGUA